UGGAGCCGCCUCAGCAGCAGUUUUUAUUAUUAUCCUCACUCUGAAGUGGGAACGGUGACUCAGGUUAAGAGACGCGUCCAAGUUCAAACAUUAUUGGGUACCUACUGUAUCCCAAACUCUGAGUAGCGAGAAGAAAGCGGAUAAGCAAAUGACUAAGCCAGGUACGGUGCUAAGAAGAAACGUAAAGCAAAGCUGUCGAGCGGGGUCGAGAGACCGGGGAGGAGAAAGGCAGGCAGACUGUGUAGGUUUAAGUCACAAUAUUGACGCCACGGCAGAGCCCACUGCUCGCUUUCUCAAAGUCUCGGUGUUUUCCUCCUAACGGUUGUAGUACCCUGCGAAUCUCAUCCUUCUGGGAUGUUUAGUGUCAGAAACUCAAACUACCAAACACUCCUAAAACUACACUGCAAGGUCGUGAUUAUCAUUAGUCCCAUUUUUAGAGAUGGGUAAACUGAGGUCAAAAAAGGUUUAGACUGCUUGCCUGAAAUCCUAGUGACUGCUUAUCAUAGGAUUUCAACUUAAAAUGACUCAAAUGCCUGGGUUAUCUUUGUCACUCUGUGCGGGCUCAUCAGCCACAUGCAUACCAACUCACACAAAUGGCACAGGCGUGUCCUACCAGUCCUGCCCAGUAGGACUUCCUGGCAUUGAUGGGAAUGUUCACUCCCACAAACAUGAGCCUCUUCUGGCUGUUGAAUGCUGGGUAGGUGCCUACUGCAAUGGAGAAACUAAAUUAAUUUCAUUUAAUUUAAAAAGCCAUGUGGUAAAUGGCUUACCAUGUUGGAAAACAUAGUCUAAAUUUAUGGACAUAAACAUGUAGAGUCUCAUAUUCAGCUAGUAGUAGGGCACAGCCAAGGUUCUAAGCACCUCAAUUCUCUCAUCAAGAGUUCUUGAAAUAAGAGAAAUGCAAAUUGACUAUGUGGGGUAGAAGCCGACUAUGGUGCCCUAAAAAUUAGGUCUCAAGAGAGCAAAUUUGACUGGAUAGACAACAGGACGCCCCUGUAGACUUCAAAGCCAGAGAGUGACUAAUGAAAAUAAUGUAAGAUAUUUGGAAGGCAUAGAUUCAGAGAUUGGAUAACCUCUGUGACAGGGAAGGCAGUAAAGGAAACCAAACACACAUAUCUCUUUGCAGCAAACUGUCUCAGCCCCAGUAGUGUAGGAGUUUGAUGAAUCAAACUGAAAGUGCCAGAUGUGACUGCCCCCAGUGAUAAUAUUGUUUGAACCUCUCUUAGGCAAAGAAACCAAAUUGUAAAAUGAAGCUCAAAGAUCUAGAAGCAAAACUUAUAGCUAUAAAAAUUAAGAAAUUGCAAACCAUGCAUAGAUUUCAUGUUUAAUUAAAUACUUACAAGACCCAUUUUAUUGUUAAAUUUGGUAUAUGUAAAAAUUCCCCUUCAUGUUAAUUUUUUUAUAAUUUUUUUAUUUGACAGAUAGAGUUAGACAGUGAAAGACAGAGAGAAAGGUCUUCCUUCCAUUGGUUCACCCCCCAAAUGGCUGCUACGGCCAGCGUUGUGCAGAUCAGAUGCCAGGAGCCAGGUGCUUCUUCCUGAUCUCCCACGUGGGUGCAGGGGCCUAGCACUUGGGCCAUCCUCCACUGCCUUCCUGGGCCACAGCAGAGAGCUGGACUGGAAGAGGAGCAGCCAGGACUAGAACCCGGUGCCCAAAUGGGAUGUCGGCGCCGCAGGCGGAGGAUUAGCCAAGUGAGCCAUGGCACUGGCCCCUUCAUGUUAAUUUCCUUUAGGUUAAAUUUUUCCAUUUUGUAAAAAUUUCCAAGUUUGCAGGAUGAUUGUUUAGAAAACAGAGCCAACUUUAAACUUGAGGAGUUAUUAUAACCCAAAUAAGUAGAAACACUGCAAUGAAUGGCAGAUAGGAAGGUCAACAUGUGAAAAAAAAUAAAGAUGAACUGUAGCCUGGCAUAAUAGAAUGCUAGUAUAACUGUUUAUGUGACAGGAACAAGAAAAUAUGCUGAAUGUUUUUUAUUUAUUUGAAAGGCGGAGUGACACAGAGACAGAGAUAUUCGAUCUGCUGGUUCACUCCCCACCUGGCUGCAACAGUCAGCAUUGGGCCAGGCCAAAUACUUGAACCUGCUGCUUCCUUCCUGGACUUAUAAGCAGAAAGCCGCAUCGGAAGCAAAGCAACCAGGGCUUAAACCAGCACUCUGGUAUGGAGCUGCUGGUGUCACAGUGUCAUCUCCUGAUGUUUCUUUUCUUGAAAUAAACAUACAGGAAAAAAUAGUGUCUAGGAUGAUUCCAACACAGACUUGUGUAUACUCCAGGAAAAUAGCAAACAUCGAGUGCUUACUUUUUAAAAAAAAAAGAUUUAUUUUAUUGAUUUGAAAGUCACAGUUACACAGAGGCAGAGAGAGAGAGAGAGGUCUUCCAUUCGAUGGGUUCACUCCCCAGAUGGCUGCAACGGCCGGAGCUGUGCCGAUCCGAAGCCAGGAGCCAAGAGCUUCUUCCUGGUCUCCCACGUGGGUGCAGGGGCCCAAGGAUUUGGGCCAUCCUCUACUGCUUUCCCAGGCCAUAGCAGAGAGCUGGAUCGGAAGAGGAGCAGCCGGGACUAGAACCGGCGUCCGUAUGGGAUGCCAGCACUUCAGGCCAGGGCUUUAACCCACUGCCACAGCGCCGGCCCCCGAAUGCUUACUUUUUGCAGUUCAGGCUAAAAUGAACAAUAUGAUGGAGAGGGUAGGGUGUAUAACUUACAAGUGAUUUACUAAAGUUCUUGUGUAGCCUGUACCAAGAAUUCAGGAUGGAGCAUAUAGCAGACCUCACCAUGUGAUGUAUCUUUGGAGAGAAAACAAUGCAUCUGCUAGGGAUGGCAAAUAGUCCUGAUAUUUUUACAUGUGCAUCCACCAGGGAGCAGACAUCAUUCCAUUUAAAUAAUUUCAGAUUACUUAAUUUCUUGAGAUGCCGUCCAAAGAAAAUGUGUAUGAUACUUCCAUUUGUGUGAUGAAGCUGCAGUGAGGUGACCCAGGUGAACUGCUCUUUGAACUCCCACACAUACUGUACCAGGAACUCAGCAUAAAGACAAAGGUUCAUUUUCAUGGUGUACACGAGGCUGGAAGCUUUUGAAGCCAUUUUUUCUAUUCUUUGUUCUGGAUCCACUGUAGCUGUAACAUGAUGAGCGCUCACGUUCCUAUGUAGUCAGCAGGUAUUCUGAGACAAAAGCUCAGGUUGAUUGGCCAGAAACCCUAUCCUUUAAGUUUGAAGUGCCAAGUACUUUACUGCAAUAGCUGUUUGUACGGAGUGAUCCUGAGCUACACUGAGGCAUCACUUGGUAUCCAAAGCCCAGAAAUUGCUCACCGACAGCAUGCAGGUGACAUUCUGUAGACUUCGGACUCACCAAUGGUGCUUCAUUCUGUUUAAUGUCAUCCUAUUCCAUGCCUUGCUUUUUGGGGCUGACUUUGUGGAAGAAUACUUUCUGCAUUCUUUGCCUCAUGUAGAUAUGAAGGUUCUUGAAAUCAAGGAUAAAGCAAGAAAAUUGAACAUGGAGCCCCUGAAAAGUAAUCUCUCCACAUACUACAUUCUAAACCAGCCGGAAGUCUGUAAAGGGAAGAACAUUUUUUUGCUCUCUCUUAUUUUUAGUAGCCCAGGAAAUGGAACAAGACGGGACCUCAUCAGGAAAACCUGGGGUAGCAUGACCAGUAUCCAAGGGCACCUCAUUAUCACACUGUUUGCUUUGGGAAUGCCUGUUUUGGUAACAACCCAGAAAGAGAUAGAUAAAGAGUCCCAGAAGAAUAAUGAUAUUAUUGAAGGGAUCUUCUUGGACAGUUCUGAAAACCAAACCCUGAAGAUCAUCGCAAUGACACAGUGGGCUGUGACUUUCUGCCCUAAUGCCCUGUUCAUUCUUAAGGUUGAUGAAGAGAUGUUUGUUAACCUGCCAAGCCUGGUGGGCUAUCUUCUCAAUCUGAAAGAACACCUUGAAGAUAUCUACGUAGGCAGUGUUGUCCAUCAGGGCACACCCAACAGAGACCCUCAUCAUCAAGAAUUUAUCUCUCUUAGUGAGUAUCCAGAAAAAUACUACCCAGAUUACUGCAGUGGUGAGACCUUUAUAGUGUCCCAAGAAGUGGCUCGGAUGAUGUAUGUGGUUUUCAAAGAAGUCCCUGUAAUGGUGCCUGCUGAUGUGUUUGUAGGAAUUUGUAUGAAAUCCAUUGGCCUUAUUCCCAUCCACAGUUCAAGAUUUUCUGGGAAAAGACACAUCAAAUACAACAGAUGUUGCUAUAAGUAUAUUUUUACAUCCUCAGAAACUACAGAUGCUGAAAUGUCCCUGGCAUGGAAGGAAAUUAAUGAUGGGAAGGAAUGUACAUGGCUUGAGACUUAUUAUGGGCUCAUUUCCUGCAAACUUCUGACAUACCUUGACAGCUUUAAACAUUUUCACAUGAGCACCCUAGAAAACAAUGUCAUGUAUGUUGAUGAUUAGGGCUUCUUUAUUUUCCUUAUAAGGUCAUUGGUUUUGAAUUGCCAUUAACCCUGUUAUGGAAAGCAUCCCUCUGUUCCCAUGUUUAAUGUAGUUUUUCUGGAUCUUUAGUGAUACUUAGCAAAAGCAUAAGAUAUUCUUGUGCUCUGAUGCAUUCACUUUUAUUGAGAGUUCAUUUUAAGAUGUUUAAGUUGGUGCGACAUGAUUCGUUUCAAAAUAAACCCUUCUUUCAGAAAAAAAGAAUAUUACAUUUAAUUACAACCAAUUCUUAUUUCAAACUGACAGGCAAAAAUUGUAUAUACUUGUGGUAUAAAGCAUGAGGUUUUGACCUACUAAUAUGUGUAAAAUCUGUGAUGGCUAAAUCAAACUAUUUGGCAUAUUUAAAUCAUGAAUUAUGAAUAUCACUUGAAAUAUGAAAAUUAUGAAUAUCACUUCACAUGCUUAUUAUUUUCAUGGUAAGAACACUUAAAAUCUACUCCCCUAGCAACUUUUCAAGCAUGUGAUAUAUCACUAUUAACUGUCAUUACUAUGAAAUAUGUUAGGUAGCCCGAAGUAAUUCCUCUUGUCAAACUGAAAGUUUUUGUCCCUUGACCUACACCACCCCACCCAGCCUCUGGUAACCAUUUUGCCCUCUGUUUCUGUGACUUAUGAUUUCAGCUUUUUCAUUUACUGUAUAUAAAUGGGAUCACACGGUACUUAUCCUUCUGUGCCUGACUUACUUUACUAGUAUGGUGUCCUCCAGGUUCAGCUUUGCUAUUGAAAAUGGCA